ACCGAUCGUCCGCUGGAAGUUGAGAGAGUCCGAGGGGCAAAAAGAUGCACUUCUGACGAUCCAAUAUACGCUUACAAACCCUGCUUAUCUAAUUUCGGAUGAAGCCAAGCAAUUCUGGCAUGGAUAUAGUGAGAUUGGACACGGUUUUCCAGUGUAUCACUGAUGUCCAUGGAAUCGGUUCGAUAAUCCAAGACCUGUUAAGCUCGAGGUCUUACAAAAUCUGCAUGGCUCACCCAAAGACAAGCAGUUUUGCCGAUGAGAAGCCCGUCGGAAGGCUUGACAGCUUGUGGAUCCAACCAUCACGCAAAAGGUAAAAAUUCCUGCUUGGCUUCCUGUUUGGACACUUGGCAUGUCUCCACCGAUCCCGACGAGGUCCAGAGACGUACGCGUGGAGUGGGAAGAUUAACCAUUAAGAACAGUGCAGUUAGGGCAGGAAACCGGUCAUACCAAUAGAAGCUCUUUCACUCUUGAUGUGCACAGACCUUUAUAUCCAGAGGUUCGCUAUUAAUUUGCUAUUAGUACAUAGUGUAAGCUUCUCCCCGGGUUCCCUUCCCGAUCUUUCAAUCCUCCUCGAAAAGUAUUUCACCACCACCUCGAUGAGAUGCUAUGGAAGCCUGGGGCUUACAACUGACUGUGCCAAGCACCCAUACUCUGCUGGAGUCCGGGGGUGAGAGCCAUGCUCCUCCGAUCACUGGCUCCCUUGUCAUCGCAGUUCCCUCCUCAAGCUUGAGAUCUUCCACCGAGAAUUUCCCCAAGUUUGAAAUUAGUUUCACGCGAUCAGUGACACCUAAACCUUGUGAUAUCGCUGUUCCCAGCAACAAUAAGAGCUAUAGUUUUUUCUUCAAACGCAACCAGAAGCACAAAUCAUCAAGAAUUCAGAACUCUCCCCACGCGACCCCACCACUGGAGCCCAACGUUGAGACACUGGUACAAUAUGACCUCUGCCAUGCACCUGAUGAGAUGGACCCCAAAGAGGGCGAGAAUGAAACAUGGCUGAAAUUCAAUUUCUACCUCCCUAUUCCGAGCAAUAUCCCGCCGACAACAGAGACGAUCCUAGGAAGCGUGUCUUAUGCCAUCACUGCGUCGGUAACACCGUCAACGAUAGCCAACGCGAGGAUACUGAAGGACACGCAGCAAAUAAAGGUGUCUCGCCGUGUAGUCUCUGAACAAAUCCGGCAUAUCCGACAGUAUCCCGGCGAAAAGGUACUGACCGAACUAUCCCUAAUACCGAAUCAACUAUACUCAGACUCGCCCGAGGAGAUGAAAGUAGCGUACUCAUUAGAAUGGGUAGCCCACUCAACCAUUGCAAAGGGAGCGCGAGACAUGGAAGUGAAGUAUGUGGUGGGUAAAGAGUUGAAGUGGAGGGUGGAAGAGACCGUCAAGUACAUCUCCAUCUCGAGGGGCGGUAACCCGCAAAGAGAAGCCGUAACAACAGCCUGCAAAGAGCAGCGUGUACGGCGACUAUGCGAGGGAAAGCAAAAAGGCCACUGGAUAGCAACUGGAGGAUUACAAGGAGGCGACCAUACGAUUGAGAUCCCGUUCGACGUCAACAUCCCAACAAAAGCGAAGGCAGCAGAUGGGAUAGAUUUAUCUUCAUAUCUAUGUCAUCACCAGGAAAAGGCCUGCAAUUGCAGUCCCACCGAAACUACCGGUGUCAUAGUCGAGCACAAUCUGUUACUGGAAGUUGUUACGGGCCAGGAUACCUUUGACGAGGCAACCGGAAGACUUGUAGAUCGCAGACCCCGGAUGAAGGCCUUCAACGCUAUCUUCCCUCUUUCUGUUCGGGAUUUUGUCAGUGGUGACAGUAUUUCGCUAAGCGAAUUCUAUGUGGAUGAUAAUCUUCCAAGAUAUGACGAUACAUAUCUGAGGCCACCCAAUUAUGCAACCGCCCAUUGAACCGAUCGUCUUGUUCAGCUUAUAGCCGGUUCACACUUGUCCCUAUCCCCAGUCCCUUGUACCCAGCAGAAAAGGGUUGACCCAUCGGAGAAAAUACCACCAAGCCUCUUGAUGCUAUGUGGUCUUUAUGUGAUGAAGUGGAGUAUCAUUGCAGCCCUCCUUUAUUCUCAUUCCAGGAGUUAUUAUUUGAUUUAGAUAUACCCAUUUUUAAUGAAUGCC